AAAGUGGUUGGGAGUGCUUUAAAAUAGUUGUUGUGGCUUGUUUUCUAAGAAGAAAAAAAUAAAUAUUUACGUGAUAAAACAGAAAAUUAUAGCAAAACCAUUAAGCAAAUUUCACUUAACAUCGUCUUGUGUUUAACUUUUCGAACUCUUGGAAAAAUCAAUAAAAUAUUCUAAACAUCAAUAAGUUAAACGAAAAAGUGACUCAUUGACCUUGAAUAAUCGUUGACAAAUUUCCCCAUAAAGUUUUACAAAAAUAACUUCGCGACUCAGUUUGAUUUGAAUCUUAGAAGCAAGAAGACGUCUUUUGUGAAGAUGAAAUUUCUGAUUUUGAUUGCUGUUUUAUGUGUAGUUAGUGCACAAUGCAGUGAAGAUUGCAGUAAAGUUAAAUGUCCACCUGCACCGAAACAUUACGAAGAAUUUGGAUGUACUCCGAUUGUUGAAAGCGGCAAAUGUUGUCCAGCUCGAUUUGAUUGUUCUUCGUUAGAAAAUCGUGAUAAAACCAAGUGUCACUAUAAUAAUGAAACAUAUGAACUUAAUCAGGAAGUGAAAGAUCAAUCAAUUCAAUCUUCAUGCACGAUUGGAUGUGUUUGUCGUCAGUUUCCCGAAGACAGUCCACCACAUUUCGAAUGUGGUCACAUUGAUUGCCCAGAAUUCUUCGUAAACGAUGAUGAGCAUUCAGGAAAAGAAUGUAUCGAACAAUAUGAAAACGAUAGCUGCUGUGCAAGCAAAACAGUUUGUGGAGCAGACCUUUUGAAAUUGGACAAAUGUGUGUUCCAAGGGCAGACGUACUAUGAAGGUCAAAGUAUUGACGCCGAAGGCAGUUGUUAUAGUUGCCAUUGUGGUAAAGGCUUUGAAGAUAAACCGGUUGAAGAGAAUAAGCAUUGCAAGAAGAUCAAUUGCAAUAUUGAAAUACAUUAUUCCGGAAGAUUUGCUCGCGGUUGUGUUCCAAUUUAUUGGAAGACUGAUAGCUGUUGUCCAAUAGAUUGGAGAUGUCCCGACGAUAAGAAAACCAAAGUUAUAGCCGACUCAUCAAGAACACAAAAAGAAGGCGACGCUGACUUGCAAUGCACGUUUGGAGGUUUGAAGAUGAAUCUUGGAGAUUUCUUGUCGCCAGAAAGAGAUGACGAUCAAUGCACAAUUUGUACAUGCAAAGUUCCACCGUUUCCACAUUGUAUCAAGACAUGCUAAGAAUCUUAUCUUUGUGACUUCAAUUCCGACACUUUAUACAAAUGAAAUGUUUUAUUCUCUGUGAAUUUUAUGUUCACAAUCAUUAAUCUCAAAUAAAAUUUUUUCUCUCAGCUUAAUAA